AUGAAUGAUCGCACUGGCCUGGAGUGGAUGAUUGUCGGUGGCAUAGUUUACAUAACUGGAGUAGUAUUUUUCAAAUUAGAUGGCAUCGUGCCUUUUGCGCAUGCAAUUUGGCAUGUGUUCGUGCUCAUUGGCGCAUCUUGCCAUACUUAUGCCGUGUAUUCCACAUUGCUCGGGCCAGAUCCGAAUAAUCCCGUUCCGGAUCUGUCACGCUUGGAGCUAUAG